CUGAGUCAAAGGGGGAAGCUGGGAGGGAGAACAGCGAGCAUCAGUCACCUUGGAGCAGUCCGAGUGAGCAGAGGGCGUGGGAGAUGAUCGGCAGCCUCUCUCUGCUGAACUCUCACCAAUCAUCUCUGAUUGAUUAUCUCCCUUCUCUACAAACUCUCCAGCAACAUGAGCUCCUCGCCAGCCAACCCUCACAGCAAAUGCCUGCCCCUGGAGACCGAGCGAGGCCAGAGGCUCCCAGAUGUGGACGCAGCACAGCAGCUCAAGCUGAGAGAGAGACAGCGUUUCUUCGAGGAGGUCUUCCAACAUGACGUGGACGUCUACCUGUCUUCGGCGCACCUGUGUAUCCGAGACUAUAAGAGGCCUCCAAUUGGCAGCAUCUCGUCCAUGGAGGUGAACGUGGACUUGCUGGACCAGAUGGAGCUGAUCGACAUCUCUGACCAGGAGGCCUUGGAUGUCUUUUUCAGCUCUGGGGGAGACGAGGGGGUGCUGACCCCCCCGCUGCCAGUCCAAGGAAACAACAACAACAACGAAGUCAUCAGUAAUGGACUCUUUCGACACGUCCUCGAGGAUCUUGAUGCCAAGUCCCGCGCGUCCUCCACGUCUUCAAACUCCUCCUCUGACAGUCAGACCACCAAUGCCAACGGAAGAGACACCCCAGUCUUCAGGUCAGACCAUGAGGAAACGCACACCAGCACAGCCAAGCGAAGAGCCGUGCCUCCAGAGUUGGAGAGGGUGAAAAGUCAGACUCCAUCUUCGUAGGAAGCACCCUCUGCACAACAGGUCUCCACCUGCAGUGCGGUAGUUGACACCUCGGCCGAGGGCAAAGAGCUGACUUUGGCAUACAAGCUAUUGAAAGAGGCCUCUCAGCCGCGACACACUGCCUCCUACAGCUGCUUUCAACCUUUCCUGUGAUUGAUGAGUUGUGCUCUGUGUGUUUGUUUAGGAGGUGGAAGCCGUGAACUGUAAAUACGGAGAUUUAUUAAUUCUCACCCGUUUCCAUUUAUGUUUUGGCAUGUUUUGACAGAUACGAUUUGCUCCCCGGUUUCUGACCUCACGGGACCCGUUGUUGGUAAAUGAUGCAUUUUGUACAGUAAAGCAGUGACUAGAACAAUACAAUGAUAAUUGGGUGACUCCCGGUAAAUUUCGCAAUAGAAGACUUCAUACUGUUAAAAGUUCUGUAUUUCAAACCAACACAUUGUCCUGCCGAUGCAAAAUUCAGUUUUCAAAGUUCCAAUUUUAGAUGAAUCUCAAGCAGGAUUUCUUUGUUUUAACAAUAAAGGAAGAGAGGAACAUGUAUUCAUUGCUUCUGAUAAUCAACACAACUGUUCCUGGUUAUUUCAAGGUGUUUCCACGGAAGCUUGAGGAGGACAAACAGAAUGAAGUGUCAAAUGUAGUGUCAAAUGUAGUGUCGAAUGAAAACAAAAGAACAAAAGCUGAGACUUCCCUGCAAAUGUUGGAUCAAUUCUAAGGAACCCGAAUGAGCCAAACAGUGACGUAUUGGAGGCAAUGCACGCACACACACACGCACACACACACUUGUGUUUAUUAUUCUUCGUGUAAAGAAAAAGGGGGCAGGGUCUCGUCUCCCUUUGCUUAAAUGUCAGAAAAAGCCAGUCCUCGUACAUUCUCACAGUUGGAUGUACUGAACAAGCACCAUGCUCUGCUUCUUCCUCCUGGUAAGUAGCAACACCGACUUAAAGUCUUUUUGAAAUGACUUCAGUUAAAGUUUGACGCUAUUACUUGAUUUUUAUAGCUGUCAAUUUCUGACUAAAGUCAGUGUUACUUAAAAAGGAAUAUUCAUUUAUCUUUCAUUUUGAUUGAAAGUGUAACAGUAUGAUUUUAAAUUAUGUAAUAUUAAUAUUUAUUAUUAUUAAUAUAAUAGGGUUCCAACUAUUUGAUUAUCUAUAAAAAUCAGGCACUUGUUUACCUUUGUUUACUGUCAAUAUUAUUU